CACACUUCGGAUUAAAACCCUCUCUGCUCCUGUUCUGCAGAGCCGCGGUUCGUGACUUCGAGGCGGGAGGAGACAUCUCUGCCGUCGGUGAGAUGCAUCGUGUGCGGGACUGAGCCUCGACAUGGGAGAACGAAGCAGGGUCCCACAGCCAUGAAGACGCCACCAUGUUGCAUUGAGCUGGGAAUACCUGCAUCCACCUCACCAUGUUUGGGAUGAGCUCACCAGCAACAAUGGUUGCUCACCCCGGGGAAGAAUGGUUCACUCCGCUACUGCCCCCCCUCCAGAGGCAAGGGACAUCAACAUCAGUCUCUGCUGCCUCUAUACGGGGCUGCUGAACUACUCUGAGAGGCUGGCGAUGGAGAACAUCUCCAUGGCGAACCUUUCCCUGGGCUCCCGGUCGCCCCUGGAGCCGGUCAUGCCAACAGCGGAGGCCCAGAGGAGUCUACAGGGUGUUGGCCUCCCUCUGCAGGUCUUCUUUUGCUCUGUCAUGGUUGCCAUCCUGCUGGUGGCACUGUUGGGAAAUGUGGUGGUGUGCCUAAUGGUGUACCAGAGAUCUGCCAUGCGCUCGGCAAUUAACAUCCUCCUGGCAAGCCUGGCAUUUGCAGACAUGAUGCUGGCCAUCCUGAACAUGCCCUUUGCUCUGGUUACUGUGAUGACCACCAACUGGAUUUUUGGAGACGUUUUCUGUCGAGUGUCGGCCAUGCUCUUUUGGUUCUUUGUGAUGGAAGGCGUGGCUGUACUGCUUAUAAUAAGCAUAGAUCGCUUUCUUAUUAUUGUCCAGAAGCAAGAUAAGCUGAGCCCACAGAGAGCUAAAGUGCUUAUAGUGGUCACAUGGGGACUGUCAUUCAUUUUCUCUUUCCCCCUGGCGGUUGGCUCCCCUCCCCUUCAGAUCCCCCCCAGGGCCCCUCAGUGUGUAUUUGGCUACAGCAUUGAGCCUGGCUACCAUGCCUAUGUAUUGAUCCUAAUGUUAGUCUUCUUCUUCAUGCCUUUCAUGGUCAUGCUAUACACAUUCAUGGGGAUCCUGAACACCAUCCGCCACAAUGCCAUCCGCAUCCACAGCCACCCAGACAGCAUCUGUCUAAGCCAGGCCAGCAAACUGGGUCUGCUGAGCCUCCAGAGGCCCUUCCAAAUGAAUAUAGACAUGAGCUUCAAGACCCGUGCCUUCACCACCAUCCUCAUCCUCUUCUCCGUGUUUACAGUGUGCUGGGCACCCUUCACUGCCUAUAGCCUGGUAACUACCUUUAGCGAUGGGUUCUACCACAAAGACAGCUUUUUUCAAAUCAGCACAUGGGUCCUGUGGUUGUGCUACCUCAAGUCAGCUCUCAACCCUCUCAUUUACUACUGGCGGAUCAAGAAGUUCCGCGAUGCCUGCCUUGAUCUGAUGCCUAAGUACUUUAAGUUUCUUCCUCAGCUGCCAGGAAACACGAAGCGGCGCAUACAGCCAAGCGCAGUCUAUGUGUGCGGGGAGCAUCGCUCUGUGGUUUGAAGUAAAAUCCACACUCAAACACUUAAAUCUUUACAUACUGUACUGUAUUUGCCUGUUUUGCUGUUUGGUGGUAAACUUCUCUUAGCAGGUGUUCAGACAGAAAGUAGCACUGCAUUAAAAGAGGCAUGGGGCAAGGUUAAUGUGGGUGUGUUGCUACAGGGCGCAGGUGAAAUGCAAUCUACAAAGUCCAGUUUGAAGCAAACAUCUAUGAGUUUCAAAGCUUGUUUGAUUCCAAAUCACUGUUCAGUGAUAAAAAAAAUGAUAGAAACCAUCUUCUCCUGUAUCUUGCCAAUAUUAACAUAAUUAUAUUAUGCUGUUACUCACAGUGGAAGUGUGCAGGGUAUUGUGUGCUAGUCUGAUUGGCUGGAUAAUGUGCUGUGUUGCAGCAAAAGUUGAGUCAGGGUCAACCUUUUUGCUGGACAACCUUGCAUUUUAGCUGGAACCCUCAUAAGAACAGUGUUUAAUGCUGUGCUAAUUUUAGUCUGACUCACCAUUUUGCACUGAUGCUCAGAAACUGUCAGGGUGUAUGUUAAGAUUCGUGGUAGCCAUGGAAUAUCUGGGGGUCAAAAGCAACAGGACUCUCCAUGUGCAAAAUGUUUUAGUGUUCAGCCAGAGUCUUCAUUUCUCUCAUUGUGGUGGUGAUUUUCAGUACCUGAUGGCUGGACUUAAAACUUGUUUUAGAAUCAUGCUAUAUUUUCUAUAAUAUCAGAUUAGUCUGGUGAGUGAUUGGUCUAUUGAUAUUUUUUACACUUAAAUACUUGAUGCCAAAUGUUACUUUUUUUCUGGACCACAGUCAAAGUCCAGUUUUCUAUUAAAGCUGGGCAUACACUGUACGAUUUUAGAAAUGCUGUUGUUAAAUUCCAACUCAUAAUAUGCUAGUUAAUCGUCUGCAACUGAAAAAAAUGGAGAUGUUGUGGGUGUGUUAGCAUUGGAAUAACUAGACAUACAGUACUUUUAUACUUUCAUCCUCUCCUUUGAGUAGGUUUAUCCUAUAAAAUUUAAUAUUUAUUAGUAAUGGGAGAUAGAUAGUUUACAGAUUUACCUUUUGACAGCCCCCCCCUUAAUAACUUGUGCAGUCAGCCCUCACCAAAAUGACAGUACACUGUUGCAAGGUGCACACUCUCCUUAAAAGGAAGGAUAAGAGAAGUUUACUACAAUGGUUGGUUGAUCCCUGCCGGUACCACACCACGAGUACAUCUCAAUCUCUCAAUUUCUCCAUGUCAACAGAUUCGCCAGGCGCAUCCUGUCACCAGUUUGCCAUAUGUGCACAGUCACGCUCCCUGCGCCCUGAACCUUUAACUGUGCUUUUGAUAGGGCCCUUUGUUUUUAUUAACUAGUAAACGCACACGUUUCCACCACAGUAUGGCCUCCAUCAGAGUCAGUGCAUCCAGUGCGUGUCAAACUAAGGCUCAUUAUAGAGGCUACAUCAUGUGAUCAAGUGAAACGUUUCAUCUCUAAUCCAUGAGGCUUCUUCUGUUCAGUUCACUGUCUCUGUGUUUGCCACUUCAAGCAGUCAGGAAAAAAGGCACAGAGACGGAGGGACCGACUCACGGCUCUGCUUCAACUGUGCGAGAUGAUGAAGUCAGCCGACCAAACAUUUUCGGCUGGUGCAUAAAUUUCACCCCUGUGCACGGCAAACAUUGCACGACAAGGCUGAAAAUCGAGUCAUACGACUCAGAAAGGGGCUUAAAUGCUACAGUGUGUGUCCAGCUUUAGAGUGUGUGAAGAUUGAGAUCAGGUCAUUGUAUAUCAAGUAUCAAAUCAAAGGCAACUGUGCUGUGUGUUUUGUCUCUUAGCAGAACAAAGAUUGAGUGCAUUUGUCUUUGAUUUAGUGCUGUACUGGAAAGAAUACAUGACAGAAGAGGUAAACCAACUGUCCACAUACAGCUCUAGUGAUCUUCAAUUAAUCUUCAAGAAUAGAGCUGGGUAUUUGAAGGUGUUUGAUACUAGUACCAGUGAAAUCCCUGAGUGAAAACAGUUCAAGUUCCCCAAUGUUAAAUGUGUAAACAGAAGCAGCCAUACAAGAUUGUUGCCUUACAGUCAAAAUUUUACAAAAUUACUACUGAAAUCAGGAAGUACCGGGUCAAAGAGAGAUUCAGAAUGAUAAUUAUGACAUUGAUUAUUGACAAUACUUGACUGUUUUUAAUACUUUGUUAGACUUCAUAGUUAUUUUGCUCUGGGGAUAUUAAAGUAGAUCAGCCAGCCCAACUCAUGGACCGGAAUGCAUUGCAGAUACAUUACUUUUAAUGCCAAGAAUACAAUCACAGAUAAACUUGCUCUCUUGCUCUAAUGCUAUCACUCUAGCUAUGGUUCUUAUUCCACCUACUCAUCCCACAGAACGCACUUUGUCUCUCAGUGUCGUUCUGGGUAAUAACAGAAAGCUUUAAGUGAAGUUGUCAACAAGGAAACAUAAAAAUCAUAAAAAGAAUGAAACCACUUUAUAAUUGCUGGAAUGCACUGAAUGGCACCGACCAUGUAGGAGUAUCCACAAAUGAAUUGUAACUUUAAUAUUGAGCUAAAAAGAAAACAGGCGCUGUUGGAUUUGACAUGAUCACAUCUUUCCUGCCACUGGGAUCAUGAGUCGAGGGAAAAGGACAGUUUGUUUUAGCUGUGUACAAGUUGUUUUACAAGGCAUGUAAAUUAACAGCUUAAAUGGAGUUUGAAUGUGGUCAGGAAGUGGCCAUGACCCAUUUGAACAUGUUUGAAUUUCAAUGUUUUUGGAUGUGCCUAUUGAUUAGUCCACUUGCCAGUCAGAAUGCUGCUAUAUCUGGUGAAAAUGUGCAAUUUCAGUGUACUGUACUGUUGAAUGUAAUAAAGAAAUAGACAUUUCUUACCUUGGUAA